AUGUCAUUUUUAGUUCAAAAUAGCGUUGCUGCUUGCAGAGUUCGUAAUGUUAGUGGAAGUGUAGUUAAUGCUAGUAUCAUCUUUACUAGAGGUAAGAGAACCAAGAAUAAUAGUGGUUUGAGUGCCACUGAACAAAGAGUAAUCACUCAAUUGAGUGUUAUGUCUGCAAGCAGGAAACAACCGAAAUUAUUGAAAUUGUGCCGUGAGGAUUUGAUUAAGCAUCAAACUAUCCAACGUAGUUGGGCUUUGUAUCAACAAGAUUUACGUAAUAAACGUGAAUUACAAUUGAAACAGCAAUAUGAAAAUAUUAAGCUUGCAAUGGAUACUUUGAAAAACACAUCUCCUGAACUUUAUGAAAUAGCAAAUAAAUCUGAAGAAGGUAGAAAAUUUCCAUUAGAAAUGAAAAUUCCUUCUGAUUUCCCUGCAAAAAAGAUUUGGCAUUACACUUUUAGAAAGUGA